AUGUUCAGAUCUAAGUCAUGCAGAGAAGAGACCAGAAGCAGCAGGAUCACCAACAAGUACCAUUGUUUCAGUAAUGGAGGAAAGUCUGAAGCAGCACCAAGCCAAACAAACCAGCAGCCUCCAGUGAUGAUGAUGAGAUCUUACAGCACAUCAACUUAUAGUCCACACAAGAAUCCAUCAACAAUGGUGAGAGACGAUUCCAACAGUAAAUCAAAGAGAGGUAAUAAUAGUAAGGUGAAGAAAGAGUUAAAGGGUUUGUGUGAAGCAGAGAUUCAGAGGAAGAAGAGAGUGGCUGCUUAUAAUGUGUAUGGUGUUGAAGGGAGAGUCAAGGGAUCGAUGAAGAAGAGCUUCAAAUGGUUCAAGGAGACUUGUUCAAGUGCUGUCUAUGGUUUGUGGUGA